AAUGACUAAUUCUAAUUUUAUUUAACUGUAAGGCCUUCUUUACUAAAAAUGGAAAAUUAUUAUUUUAGAAAGGUAUGUAAGUCCAUGGGGCGGCGGAAAUAAAGUAGCCUACACUCAUCAAAAACAUAAAUCCGGCACUGGCAUGAAGCCAGAUGGCCAAAAGCCUAAAAGAUAACUUAACUGAAAAAUAUGCUGUGAUUCAUGUAAAGAAAUUAGAUUUCUUUAAUAUUUUGUCUGUGGAUAAAACAGUUCCAUGCGCUGCAUCUUGUCCCGGCAUUAAAAUUUUUGUGCUACCCGAAGAUGAAAUUGAUUUUCAAAAGAAGAUAAUGGAAGAUAAUCGAUGGAACUUCAAACCUUUUACUGGUACACUUAAAGUACAUCAAGUACGAGGGAACUAUCUCAGCAAUACGUUAUACAUGAAGAGCCUCAGCUGCUUUUGUAGCAAUUUUUGUCCUCACUUUCACUUAGGCGAUAUUAAAUACCCCAAUAUCCCCAAAAUAAAAAAAAGAAAUUGAAUGUUGAUGCAGUAUACACUGAUUCUGAGGAAGAUGUGCAAAACAAAGUAGUUGCACAAACAUCUACUCAUGUGAUUAAUACUAUAGAUAGACAAUGCAGACACUGCUAUGACUGUCAAGAACGGAGAUUUUGUACUUGUGGAAUAUAAUAUUAAUAAUAAAAAAUAUAGAUAUGCUGGCAUAUGUUCGUCAGAUUUUGAUGAAGGAGGAGAGAUCAGGGUUACUUUUUUAAAGAUCUCAAAAGAACAUCCUACACUUUUUAGAAUAAAUGACAAUGACAUGUCUGAUGUUAAAUGGGAACAAAUCUUGACAAGGGUAUUCUAUAAGUUUCCAAAGCCAGUUGAUGUAUUUGAAAAGUAAAUUGUUCAUUGUUAAUAUUGAAGUAAAAAAUAUUUAGUUCCGUAGAAAUGAUUGGUUCUGUUCUUUGCAGGAAAUAGAUAAUUUUUAAGUUUAUUUGUUUAAAUAUUUUUGAGACUGAUAGAUGUAUCAUUAGAUAGUACUAUUGUUUUGUUUUGUGAACAAAGUUUAUAUUUUUGUUAUAAUUUUAUUCAGAUAAAAACGCCUUAAAUGUGGCUUGUUAAGUUUAUAAACAUUUUAUAAUUAAAAACUUUCAUCUCAGAUGAGACUGAUAAGCAGAAAUGAUUAAUUCUGUUAUUUGAUACAGGUAAUUGAAAUUUAAGCCUUAACAAACCAUUAAUAUUAAAAAUAAGGUUGUGUGUAUCUUGAUGAUGAAUGUAUCUUGUAUAUUAAAAAAUAAUCAAAUAUAUAUUGUUUAAUUUGAUAUUAGUUCGAUUUUUAGCUAAUAAUCAAUGGCCUGUCACUUCCCUGCCUUAAUUUGUCACUACUCUGCCAAUAGUGUCACUCCCCUGGUAACACAUUUUCCUCUGGUGCUUAUAAAAUUAAAAAAAGAGGAAACAUCUUCUGGCCCUCAUCAUUACAAAUUACAAAAUAAUGUCAAAUAGAGAAAUAAUCAAAAUUGAAUGGAACAGAUUACAUUUUCUUCAGGGAAACAAAAAGAAACAAAUAGCAUAUAUUCACCCUUAUGUACUUUUUCAUUUUCUGGGUUUUUUUCUAGUCCGUGUAUAGUUAAUAAAUAUAUUAGUCUUGUGUAGUUCGUGAACGAUGAACGAAUAGGAGCCGUAUCUUCGCACUGUACUAGAAGAAACGUUUCCGAACGCUGGCUUGUAACCGGUCUAAUAGGUCAAAUAGCUCUUUCCGAACUCGUACAUCGCCCGAACGAGAAAUGAAACAGUCGUUCUGAUUGUUUGACAGAAACGAUAUACGUUUUCAUUCGAUGUGUCUGUGAAUGAAUGAGAACAAGAGAGAAUAGCCGACGAAUGACGAUUCUAUCCGAACCCGAUCGACCGAAUUCGCAAGAAUGAGAUGAGAUGCGCGUUAUUUCAAUGCCUUAAUGUCUAUUUUAGCUUAUCGCCCAAACACAGAGCUGUGUUCGCAAAUUGGAAGUUUAUACCUAUAGUAUGUGCGACUGCGGAAUACAAACAAAACAACCGAUCUUUCGGCGCGCAUUUUUGAUCGUGCAAGUUAUAAAUUAUUGUAAAGUGUUUUGUUUGCUGUUUAUAAGUAUUUGCGAUCUUGGACGCUUUUUAUUUUGGAAUGUUACCUAGCCUAACUAACUUUCGUGCCCGUUAAUUGUUUUAAAAUAAACAUUUUAUUAAUUGUUCGCCAUUUGCUUGCUGAUAAAUUAAAAAAAAUAACUAUUAAGUGUGUGUGUGUGUGUGUGUUACAAGUGACUUUUAGCAGAUUAAGUUACAGUAAAAGUACAAUUUAAUUAUGGCUCAAAGACGACCAAAAAGAAGCAACUUAUGGUUCCAUUUUAAGGAAGGGCUAAACGAAGCCAUUUGCAAUUAUUGUUCGACCAAACUAAGCACAAAAAGUGGAUCUCUUGGUAAUUUAAAAAGACAUUUAACCACAAAACACCCGACCGUAUCGUUGAAUAUUGAACGACAAUCUGCACCACCAGUAUCACCACCAACACCACGCGACGGCACUGAAACAUCGCCAAAUCAACAUUUAGACUUGCCAACCACAUUUAGACAACCGCUUAAUGUGCCAUCAAUUACCAACUUUAUUCGACGACCACCAUCGUCGCGAAAGACGGAACAAGUUGAUAAGCAAGUGGUGGCCAUGGUGACCAAGGGUCACCAUUCAUUAAGAAUAGUAGACGAACCAGAGUUUAAAACACUCAUUGAAUUAGUUUCUCAUUGUCCGGGGUACCAACUCCCAACAAGAAAAACCCUUUCAAAGACACUCAUCCCCAAAACGUACACAGAAGUUUUUGAAUCUUGUUUUCGUAAUUUAAAAGAAGCAUAUGCGGUGUGCCUUUGUACUGACGGAUGGACAUCAAGUGCUAACCAAAGCUAUAUAGCAGUUACUGCGCACUAUAUUAAUAAAAACACUGAGCUCCAAUCUAUUUUAUUAGGCUGUAUCGACUAUAAUGACAGGCAUACCAGUGUCAAUUUGGUUGCAUUUUUAAGACAAAUUAUCCAAGACUGGCAGAUAACGAACAAAAUUAGUUGCAUAGUGAGUGAUAACGCCCCAAACAUUUUAUCAGCUGUGAGAUUAGGGGAGUGGCGAUCUGUAAGCUGCUUCGCCCAUUUAUUAAAUUUAAUUGAACAGGACGGCAUAAAAACCAUUGCAUAGGUAGUUUCUAAAGUU